AUGGUUAAAUCGUUAGCUGAGAGCACUUGUCAAAUGUGGCAGGACCAACAAAGGUUUGAACAAGAGACACGCGCCGGCAUGAGAUCCUUGGAGGCGCAGAUAUCCCAACUAGCGUCCUCAAUGAGCAAUUUCGAGAAUAGCAAGAGAAAACUACCAUCUCAGGUAAUCCCCAAUCCCAAGGAGAAUGCGAGUGCAAUGCUCCUGCGAAAUGGAAAGGAGAUUCACCCUACCAAACCGGAAGCAACAAGAAAUGGGAAGGAACAAGUGACCGAGGAACCUGAACAAGAAGAGGUAAGCACCCCACCGCGUAUUCCUAAGACCUCUGACAUAAACCCUCCUUUUCCUGGCAGGUUCACCAAAGCGAAGAAAGAGGAGUCAGAGAAGGAGAUUUUGGACACGUUCAGGAAAAUAGAGAUUAACAUUCCCUUACUGGAGGCGAUUAGGCAACUGCCGAAGUAUGCAAGGUUUCUAAAGGAGCUGUGCACCAACCGGAAGAAGUUGAACUUCCAGGACAAAGUAAGGGUAGGUGAGAAUGUGUCGGCAGUCCUCCAGAAGAAGUUGCCACAGAAAUGCAAGGAUCAAAGUAUGUUCACCAUACCAUGCAUUAUAGGUCAAAAGAGAAUAGAAAGAGGCAUGCUUGAUCUGGGAGCGUCUAUCAAUGUUAUGCCUCUGUCUAUAUUUAAAGCCUUAAACUUGGGAUCCCUGAAGGAGACAGGAGUGGUGAUUCAACUAGCAGACAGGUCCAAUGUCUACUCCGAGGAUGUAGUUGAAGAUGUCUUAGUAAAAGUGAAUGAGUUUAUCUUCCCUGCUGAUUUUUACAUUGUUGACAUGAAUGAUGAUAACUUAGUUAGCUCAGCUGUACUCCUUCUAGGUAGACCCUUCAUGAGUACAGAUUUUCUUGAGCAGAAUCUCAUGGAAGACAAGCUGGAGUUCGUGCUACAACAUAGCAAGACGACCACUGACGUGGAGAGUAAGGAUGAGGAGAAGAUUUUAGAAGCCAUCAUGUCACUGCACUCUCUUCCGACGCCCGAGUUGGAGUUGAAGGAAUUGCCAAAACACCUGAAGUACGCCUAUCUUGAAGAUCACAACACUCUACCGGUCAUCAUUGCGAAUGAUUUGACCGAGAUGCAACAAGAAAAACUCCUACGAGUUUUGCGGGAGACUAAACCAGCAAUAGGAUGGAUGUUGGCAGAUAUCAAGGGCAUCAACCUCUCUGUUUGCAUGCACCAUAUCCUCCUUGAGCUAGAGGCGAAAUCGGUAAGAGAAUGA